GAGGGAGGGAGAGAGAGAGGAGAGGGUGUCCCGUCUGCACGGAGCACAGACAGACAGCAGGGAACAGCUGCAGCAUUAGGUUAGCGUAGGAUUUCACUGCAUUGCGAUUUCAAAUAUCAAUCAUUUCAUCCCCAAAACUCAAGUAGAGCAGCUCGACUAAGCAACCAAACAUCAUUUAAACAUGGUUGAUCGCGAGCAGCUGGUGCAGAAAGCCAGGCUGGCUGAACAGGCUGAGAGAUAUGAUGAUAUGGCAGCUGCAAUGAAAUCGGUGACAGAGCUGAACGAGGCCCUGUCCAACGAGGAGAGGAACCUCUUGUCUGUGGCCUACAAGAAUGUGGUCGGGGCGCGUCGCUCCUCCUGGAGGGUGAUCUCCAGCAUCGAGCAGAAGACCUCGGCCGACGGCAAUGAGAAGAAGAUUGAGAUGGUGAGGGCCUACAGGGAGAAGAUCGAGAAAGAGCUGGAGGCCGUGUGCCAAGACGUGCUCAACCUUCUGGGCAACUUCCUGAUCAAGAACUGCAACGAGACUCAGCAUGAGAGCAAGGUGUUCUACCUGAAGAUGAAGGGCGACUACUACCGGUACCUGGCCGAGGUGGCCACGGGAGAGAAGAGGGCCACCGUGGUCGAGUCGUCGGAGAAGGCCUACAACGAGGCUCAUGAGAUCAGCAAGGAGCACAUGCAGCCCACCCACCCCAUCCGCCUGGGCUUAGCUCUCAACUACUCAGUGUUUUACUACGAGAUCCAGAACGCCCCCGAGCAGGCCUGCCACCUGGCCAAGACCGCCUUCGAUGACGCCAUCGCCGAGCUGGACACCCUCAACGAGGACUCCUACAAAGACUCCACUCUCAUCAUGCAGCUGCUCCGAGACAACUUGACACUGUGGACAAGUGACCAGCAGGAUGACGAGGGCGGUGAGGGCAACAAUUAAAGAGAAACCACACUUCGACAAAAAAUAUAUAUGAAGGGCCGGUGGACUUUGGCAGCCGCUUUUGCCGAUGAUACUACCGCAGCAGCAGUUCUUUAUUUUUCCAUGUGUUAAAAGAAAAGAAUCAAAAGAGAGGUGAGAGUGUAGGUUAAAUCUUAGUUUAAAUAUAUAUAGAAAUAUAUAUACAGUUGAAAGGGGCCUCCUUCUUCUUGGUUUUCUCUUUGACAUUUGCCAAAACCACUGAUAUGUCAGUCAAUCAGCCUGAAGUGGUUGUUGUUGGAUUGAAAUGGCAGCCUCACACUGGCAUAAGAACUGAUCUUGUUCUGUCGAGACAAGCUGCUUAGGUUUUUGCGUGAUAGAGAUGAGUCACUUGAGAGAGAAAAUGCUUGAAUGGGAAUGUCUCACAAAACUAGUUUGCAAUGGUUCCAGUAGUAAGUCUAAUUUCAGAAAGGGCCCUAAAAGCUAUUGAUAUAUAAUAUAUAUAUUUUGGAGGUGAAGAUUACAAAAGGCAGAGACUUAACAAUAUAAAAAAAUGAAGGAAAAAUACAAUUAAAAGCAGCUUCAGAGUUUGUGGUUUACUUCUGUGUUUGUUUUAUUAAAUGCACUUGCCUACUAUACUGUUUCUUCAGUGUAACAUGAUGACGACAAUAAUAUCGAUUAUUCAAUAUUGUGCAUGCUGGUGAUGUAUUUAUAUACAGUAGCUUGACUUUAUUAACUUAUACUGUGGGUGUUAAGUAUUCAUAUGAUUAAGAAAAACAGGCUUUGUCUGAUGUUGAUUUUUAAUUUAUAUCGUUUUGUUAUGGUUUUUUUAUUUGCUAUACCAAAAUGGUGAUCGUAAAAAUGUACCUGUAAUGGGCGUUGCUAUAGUGACAUGCAAUAUGUGUAUUUAAUUUGUUACUGAAAGAAAAAAAAUAGGAAGAUCAAAUCUCACCAGUGAUCACUUAAUCUUACCAACUGGUGUUUGUCACAUUGAAGUAUGAUUAUGAUAUAUUUUGUUCUUUGAACAGUAAUUAAGUAAUUUUUUCUGUCAUGCUAUCCAGUUUUAUGAUGUUGAAGUAUUCAGGCCCAAUGUUUCUGUUUUGAAUUCUCAAACAUGGACCAUAUUUGAGUUCAGCCAGUUUAGGUUUUUGUUUGUCAGUUUGUUUUUAUACCUUUUAGCUGUUCCUGAGUGACACAAUAUCUUGAAUGUGAGUCAUUAUGUAGCAGUUGCACAAGAACCGAAAUAAUAGCUAUGAUAAUAAAAAAUAAUAUGACUAAAUUAUACCUGCACCAUAUCCGUGGUGGUCUAGUGUAUUGUUGUAUUGUCACCCAUGAGAAAACAUCUGUUUCUUAGAGGAGAAUGUUUUAACUAUUUAUUUUGUUCCCUGAGUACAGUAUGUGCUUUCUUUUUGUGCCUGUUUCAUUAUUUAAUAUGCCUCAUUAGCAAGUUCAGGAAAAGAAAAAAAAAUAUUUAUGCCAGUAAGUUCCUGCAAGCAUGUCUGCAAGAUGUAGUAUUUUUCUCACUAAUACAUGUGUCUGACGGUACUGCUCUGUGUACAGCACAUAGAUAUAUGAAUAUUAAAACACAAAUGCACUAAAACAGUCACAGGGAAAGCAUAGGCAAUUCGAUAGAAUUGGUUGUUGAUUAGCAAAUGUUAUAAUUAAUGUAUGAAGAAGCUGCUCAAGAGCUGAACAGAUUUAUCUUCAUAAUGCUGCUACUUCUAUAGAUUAUUACAUUAAUAUAUUCAUACAGAUGGCAGUUGUUGGGACUUUAUUUUUGCGAAUAGAUAGCAGUUUUAUCAGAUUUAUAUUUUUAAUCUGAGGUGUGUUGUCUUAAGAGAGAAACCAAAAGCCUUAAGGUCCGUCACACAACCUCGUUCAUGUAUGCCAAUUAUGUCACUAUCAUGAGUCAGCCUCCAUGAGCUCAAACUGUAUGUCACAGCUGCUUAGAUUUAUUUUUAACAUAGUAUAAAGUUGAUGUUCUCCAAGGCUCCCCACACAGAUAGCAUGAAAACCUGAUGCAACACACAGCCUAUGAUUAUUGUAAUGGAGUCAAUUCAUUCAUUAAUAUGUUUAACAUUAAUCUUUCUCAUUUCUUUGUUAGAAUAUUUUUUGAAACUAUCACCCAUUGCCAAGAAUACAUGCAUUGUGUUCCUUUUGAAUUAGUUUGUUUUCUUUCCCCUGUGGUUUGCGUUUUAUUUUAAAGUUGUUAUUAUUUUUAAUGUUGGUUCCUUUUCUUUCUGCUGUGACAUGAAAGCAUACAAAGGAAUGAGAAGAAAAUAAUUCAAAUUGAAUCACAAAUUUGAUUUUAGAGUAUCCGGUCUGCUGAAUACUAGCGAGGGGGGUUUAGGGAUACAAACUGUAUGCUCUGAAGAAUGUUUGGUUGCCAUCUGUUGCCCAUUAAAGUUAUUUGUUUAUCGGUAA